AUGGCCCCCAAACCCCUAAUAACCCACCUCUACACAGCCGACCCGUCGGCCCACGUCUUCAACAACAGACUCUACAUCUACCCCUCGCACGACCGCGACACUGCCACCUCUUCAAACGACAAUGGCGACCAGUACGACAUGGCCGACUAUCACGUCUUCUCCCUUCCCUCUCUUACUGCAUCGUCAGACGAAGAUGUCGCCGUGACAGACCACGGCACCGUCCUCUCCACGCCCGACGUCCCCUGGGCGUCGAAACAGCUCUGGGCCCCCGAUGCCGCAGAGCGAAAUGGCAAAUUUUACCUUGUGUUUCCUGCACGGGAUCAUGAGGGCCUGUUCAGGAUUGGGGUUGCGGUUGGGGAGAGUCCCGAGGGGCCGUUCGUGCCUGAAAGGGCGUUUUGGGAGGGGAGUUAUAGUAUUGAUCCGGCGGUUUUUGUUGAGGAUGCUACCGGCAGUGGAGAUAAUUAUGGAGAUGGAGAUGGGAAGGCGGCGUAUGUGUAUUUUGGGGGCCUGUGGGGUGGGCAGUUGCAGUGCUGGGCCAAGUCUUCUCAGGCUGGUGGUGAGGAAUGGGUGUUUGAUAAAGAUGGGAAAGAGCCAACAGGGGAUGGAGUACCGGCAUUAUUCCCUCGUGUCGCGAGACUAUCAGAAGACAUGCUGAGCUUCGCAUCGCCAGUCCGUGAACUGCAGAUUCUAGAUGAAUCUGGUGUCCCCAUUGCGGCGGACGACCAUGACAGGCGGUUCUUCGAGGCCGCGUGGAUGCACAAGUAUAACGGGAAAUACUACUUCUCGUAUUCGACGGGAGAUACACACUACCUGGUUUAUGCAGUUGGGGACUCGCCGUUAGGUCCAUUUACGUACCGGGGAAGGAUUCUGGAGCCGGUGCUGGGGUGGACGACGCACCAUUCCAUCGUGGAGUUUGAGGGGAGAUGGUGGCUUUUCUAUCAUGAUUGUGAGCUUUCUGGGGGUGUGAGCCAUUUGAGGAAUGUGAAGGCUAGGGAGAUCGGGUAUGAUUCAGAAGGAAGCAUUUAUCUUGUUGAUUAA